AUGGAAGAAAGAGAGGAAAAUCCACACGAGCUAUUGAAGCAGAAGCUGAGUGAGCUUGAGAAAGUAUGGACCGACAUGAAAACAGGCAAACUCUCAUCUGCAGUUUCGUGUAUCACUGUGGAAGAAGCUCUUGAGUUAAUGGAAAACUCUCCAAGGAAACUGAUGAUCUCUCUUCAACACGAUCAAGCUGGUCCAGAAGCAGAGUUGAGAUCACCCUAUAGGAGAAAACUCUUUCACGACUCUGAGGAUAAUGAUGAUGAGACCAGAGUGACAACGUUCUCUCUUUCCACUUGUUGGUCUUCGAAUGUAAUGAGAGUAGGAUAUAAUAAUAAAUAUAAUAAUGAGAAGCAGGACAAGAAGAAGAAGAGAGGAAGUAUUGUCUGUGUUUGUAUGAUUGGUCUUUUGUUAUGGGUUUUGGUUGUGUUGAUCAACGGCUUUGAUAAUAGACAGAUCAAUACUUUGGUUCCUACCUGA